UGACGGCCUUUUUCUCUUUCCCCGGCUGUCUCCUACAGUCCCGUGAAGUUUCCUGUUUGGAGGUGCAGGUGAACGGCGGCCGGCUGAGGAAGGACAGCACCGAGAGGAAGUUUGCGUUAACUGUGGACGGGUCGUACGAAGGAACCCAGACGCACACGCUGAGCUCCUGCCUCUGCCCGACCUCCCCGGCCAGGUUCCACUACAUCAAGUACAAUCAGUCGGCGCUCACUGUGGCACUACCCCGGCGGAGGCGGCUCAGCAGGUCUAUAUCAAGUCAAAAUGAAAGGGAUAUGAAUGAGUCUGUGACUCUAGCUCUGAACUCGCUUCCUAUACAAGAGAAAAUAACAAUAGCAGAGGACAGGACAAUUGACUUGUACACAAAGGCAAAUGGAUGGACUCAGGGUCUGUGUUUCAGGCCAAGAAACCUAGACGCACGCCUGGGGUUCGACCUGUGCACCGAUGAACAGGAUUUCCUGCACAACCGGAGGAAGGUGGUUGCUGCUGCGCUGAAGGAUGUUCUUCAUCUGGAGGAAGAUCUGCAAGAGCAUGAGGUGCCUAUAGUAGCUGUGACCACAGCAGGGUGCGGGAUAAGAGCACUCACUGCCAUGUACGGCAGCAUUUUGGGUCUUCAAAAAUUGCGUGUUCUGGACUGUGUUUCAUACAUCAGUGGCUCAUCUGGCACGACAUGGACCAUGACAAAACUGUAUGAAGAUGCUGAUUGGUCACGUAAGGAUCUUGGAGAAAUAAUUAUCGAAGCUCGGAAGCAAGCAGCCAAGUGCAAGAUGGGUGCUUUUUGCUUGAGAAGUCUGAGGAAUUAUUACAGAGAGCUGAGCCAAAGGACCCAAGCAGGCCAUAAGACAUCUUUUAUUGAUCUGUGGGGGCUCAUGAUUGAAUCCAUGUUAAAUGAUGGGAAAUGCCAUCACAGACUUUCUGACCAACGUCGGGCAGUGAAUCAGGGUCAGAACCCACUGCCCAUCUACCUUGCCCUCAAUGUCAAGGACAAAGUUGCCACCAAAGAUUUUAGAGAGUGGGUGGAGUUCACGCCGUACGAGGUGGGCUUCCUCAAGUAUGGUGCCUUCAUUCGCUCGGAGGAUUUUGGCAGUGAGUUCUUCAUGGGUCGCCUGAUGAAGAAGCUUCCUGAGUCCCGGAUCUGCUUCAUGCAAGGAAUGUGGAGUAGUAUCUUCUCCAAAAACCUCUUGGAUGCCUGGCACGCAGCUGACAAUUCAGAGGACUUCUGGCACAGGUGGACCCAAGACAAAGUGACUGAAAUCGAGGAACAACCGGACUUGCCCGAGAAGCCAUACGAGAUGGCUACAUGCAUGUUCACUCCAACGAGCGGCCUCUCCACGGCUCUCCGGGAUAUCCUGACGGACCGCCCUGCUGUCUCCAAGUACCACAACUUCCUGAGGGGCUUCCAGAUGCACAACGAGUAUAUCCAGCAGGAGCAUUUCACAAAAUGGAAAGACACUUUGCUGGACAUGUCUCCUAAUGACCUGAGAGGCAAGUCGGAGCACCUGGAGUUGGUGGAUGCAGCUUUCUUCUUUGAAACAAGCUGCCCACCCCUUAUGAGACCAGAGCGGAAAGUGGACGUCAUCAUACACUUAAAUUACACUGGUGGAUCACAGACCUUGCCCCUGGAGCAGGCGUGCAGAUACUUCUCGGAGCAGGGAAUUCCAUUUCCCAGCAUUGGGCUGAAGGAUGAUGAGAACAACCUGAAAGAGUGCUACAUGUUUGAUGGGGCAGACACCCCAGGAGCUCCUCUGCUGCUUUAUUUUCCAUUAGUGAACGACACCUUCCAAAGAUAUGUAGCACCUGGUAUGUCCCGCAGUGCUGCCGAAAUGGAACUAGGCAAAGUUGACAUCUCCAGUUUCUGCUCUCCGUACUCAACAAGGGAGGUCUCGCUGAAAGCAGAAGAUUUCAACAAGCUCCUGAAGCUGACUAAUUACAACAUCAUGAACAACGAGAAUAUGAUCCUUCAGGCCUUGCGCAUGGCUGUGGCACGGAAGAAACAAGCUCAGAGCCAGCCAGUAUCACAAGCACAGUCCUCUGCUUGA